AUUUGGAGAAGGAAUUUUUCACUGAGUAUGGUGAAGCAAGUAGAUACCAAGUUCAUGAAGUUGUGGGAAAAGGAAGUUAUGGUGUGGUUGGUGCUGCAGUUGACACUCACACAGGAGAAAAAGUUGCAAUUAAGAAGAUAAAUGAUGUCUUUGAACAUGUUUCUGAUGCAACAAGAAUUGUUCGAGAAAUCAAACUCCUUAGAUUACUUCGUCACCCCGAUAUUGUUGAAAUCAAACAUAUCAUGCUUCCUCCUUCAAGAAGGGAAUUCAGGGACAUUUAUGUCAUUUUUGAAUUGAUGGAAUCUGAUCUUCAUCAAGUUAUUAAGGCAAAUGAUGAUCUUACUCCUGAACAUUUUCAGUUUUUCUUAUACCAACUUCUUCGCGGUUUAAAGUACAUACACACAGCCAAUGUUUACCAUCGAGAUCUGAAACCAAAGAAUAUUCUUGCGAAUGCGGAUUGUAAGCUGAAAAUUUGUGAUUUUGGACUUGCUCGUGUUGCUUUUAACGAGGCUCCAACAACUGUUUUCUGGACUGACUAUGUUGCUACUAGAUGGUACCGAGCUCCUGAAUUAUGUGGCUCUUUCUUUUCUAAAUACACACCUGCAAUAGAUAUUUGGAGCAUGGGAUGCAUAUUUGCAGAAAUGCUUUCUGGAAAACCACUUUUUCCUGGUAAAAAUGUUGUCCAUCAGUUGGAUCUCAUGACCGACUUACUUGGUACUCCACCUGCUGAAUCCAUAGCCAGGAUUAGGAACGACAAAGCAAGAAGAUAUUUGAGUAACAUGAGGAAGAAACAACCUGUUCCAUUCUCACAGAAAUUCCCACGUGCAGAUCCAUUAGUUCUUCGUCUUCUUGAACGUUUACUUGCAUUUGAUCCAAAAGAUAGACCAUCUGCAGAAGAGGCAUUAGCUGAUCCUUAUUUUCAAGGUUUGGCUAAUGCUGAUCGAGAACCAGCUGCUCCACAACCUAUUUCAAAACUUGAAUUUGAGUUUGAAAGGAGAAAACUAACUAAGGAUGAUGUCAGGGAGUUAAUUUAUAGAGAGAUUCUAGAAUACCAUCCUAAGAUGCUGCAGGAGUAUCUUCGAGGUGGUGGUGGUGAACAAACAAGCUUCAUGUAUCCAAGUGGUGUUGAUCGGUUCAAAAAACAAUUUGCCCACCUUGAAGAAGGUCCUGGUAAAGGUGAAAAGAGUUCUCCACUUCUAAGGCAUCAUGCUUCAUUGCCCAGGGAGCGAGUGGCUGUGCCUAAAGAUGAAAUCUCAUUAAAGAUAGAAGAAGAUGAGAAACAAUCUGCAACUAUUCUUAAAAGUCCUGAAAUAGAUCCAGAUAAAUUAGAAAACGACAGCAAGGGAAACACGAGUGCCCGUUGCCUGUUAAAGAGUGCGAGUAUUAGCGGUUCCAAGUGUAUAGGCGACACCCCUAAGAAGCAUCUAGAGGAAGAAACAAUCAAGGAGGAAAACGAGGAAAUGGAUGAUGUAAUGACAAACAUUUAG